AUGCGUUACGUGGCCGCAUAUUUGUUAACAGUCCUUGGCGGAAAGGAUAGUCCAGUAGCAGCAGACAUUGAAAAAGUUUUAAGUUCUGUGGGUAUUGAAGCUGAAGCAGAAAAACUUAAAAAGAAGAAGGAAGAGAAGAAAGAAGCCAAAAAGGAAGAACCUGAAGAAUCUGAUGAUGAUAUGGGUUUUGGCUUGUUUGACUAA